AUGCCAAAAUCAACGUUGGAGAAGCUACCCUGUGACAGAAUGCAUAUGAAACCAAGCUCUAUGAUUGUGAGGGCAUUUGACGGCAGUAAAAGGGUAGUGAUGGGAGAAAUUGAAUUGCCCGUUCAAAAGGUAUUUUGCCAAAAUCUUUGUCCAUUUAUACUAUUGGAGAUCUUGAAUCUUGCCAACAAUCAAAUAGAGGACAAAUUUCCUGACUGGCUUCAAACUCUACCAAUGUUGAAAGUACUAGUAUUGCGUGCCAACAAAUUAUACGGUCAUAUUCCAAGUAAGAUGAAACAUGGAUUUUCAAGUUUACUUAUUUUUGAUAUCUCAUCCAACUACUUCAAUGGUUCAAUACCCAAAAGCUAUAUACAAAAUUUUCAAGCCAUGAAGAACGUUAUUCGUUACACAGUGGACGAGCUAUACAUGCAACCUUUCAAUAAUGCAUCUAUAAAUGAUUUUGCAACUGUAACUGAAUUUGCAACCAUAACAACAAAAGCCAUAACUAUGGCAUUCAAAAAAAUUCCAAAAAACUUUAUGACCAUUGAUUUAUCCAGAAACAAAUUUGAAGGAGAGACCUACGUGAUUGGAGAGCUUCAUGCUCUUAAAGGACUCAACUUUUCCCAUAAUAGACUGAGUGGUUAUAUUCCCCAAUCCAUUGGAAAUUUGACAAAUUUGGAAUCAUUGGAUCUCUCCUCAAAUAUGGUCAUGGGUAGGAUACCCACAGAAUUAACUAUGAACUUUCUUGAAGUCCUGAAUCUUUCCUAUAAUCAUCUUGUUGGAAAAAUACCUGAAGGAAAACAGUUCAACACUUUUGAAAAUAACUCCUACAUUGGAAACUUAGGACUAUGUGCGUUCCCAUUGUCAAAGAAGUGCAACAACACUAAACAACAAUCUCCAUCUUCUCUGAACUUCUGGCGAGAAGAGGGAUUUGAAUUUGGAUGGGAAGCAGUUGUUAUAGGAUAUGGAUGUGGAAUAAUAUUUGGAAUUGGCCUUGGAAUUUUUGUAUUAUUCAUUGGAAAGCCUGAAUGGCUUGUGAAAAUGGUCGGAGGUGGUCUUCGUAAAAAGAUGAGAAGAAGGUGAAAUAUAUGAAGUAGUGAAAAGUGACCGAAUAAAUGAGUGGAUAUGUGGCAUGACUGCAAAAAGUUUCAUGCACUUGUUCUUGUUCA